CUGGCGGACUCAGCAGCACUACUGUGAUGGCGACCAACAUCGAGGAGAUCUUUAGGGAUUUUGUUAUGAGUAAAAUCAAAGAAAUCGAGGAUGAAUCUCAAGAUAACAGUCGGACAGACGAGACCCAUUGUAAUACUGUGGAACUACAAUCUGAGCCUGUCGCAGAGACACGAGAAGAUGGACUUCAAACAGAACACAUUAACACAACAACAGAUAAAGACACACGUACUGACCUCCAGGCUGACCAUGAUAAAGAGGAUGCCAGCACUAAACACAGGAAGAGUAAGAAGCACAAAAAGCAUAAAAGUAAAAAGAAGAAAAAAAAACAUAAGUCCAGAAAAGAUGGCAGCUCAGAGACUGACUCUGACAGAGAGACUCAAGAAAGUGGAAAGAAAAAGAAGAGAAAGAAAAAGAAAAAAUCUCGGGAGGCAGACAAAGCGAAAAAGUCUGGCUCACGUUUUGAAAGCUCCUCUGGAUCAGAAUCCGAAGCAAAACCUUCCUGUGAAAAUGCUAAAUCGCCAUCAGCAGGUAAGACUUCAAAGUCUGAGCUGAAGGAAACAUCUGGUUUAGGUAAGUCUCGGGAGUUACCCGACAUUAUUCCCAAGAUGGAAAAUUCUGUCCACAACAACAUAGAAAUUGAAAGGGCCAAGGACAAGAAAAGAAGCCCCAGCAGGACAUCUAAAAGAGAGGAGAACUCCAGAGGAAGACGAACCAGGUCAAGAUCACCCAAACGGAAAGCCGGACACAGAUCAAGAUCCCGGUCUUCAAAACGACAACAGAAAUCAAAGUCGAGGUCUCGUUCUAGAAAUAGUCCCAGAAAGAGGUCUAAUCAGCAGAGAGAGAGAAGUAGAUCGAGGUCAAAGGGACAGAAUAAACAUUCCAGGUCUCGUUCUGUAAGAAGAGGCAGAAAUUCAAGAUCAAAGUCACGUUCCAGGCGGACUCGAUCAAGGUCUGUUGUAAUCUUAAGGAGGAACAGAAGGUCCGCUUCAAAAUCUAGGUCUAACUCUCCACGACGUAGGAACCAUUCCAGGAGUAGGUCGCAAGGCAGAACAAAACAUUGUAAAUCAAGGUCCUUAUCAAAAUCUAGUUCUGUUUCAAAAGACAGGCAGAAGAUAACUGAAACUAUUACGAACGAUACAGCUCCAGCAGAGGACAAUAGUGAAAGUUCUGUAAUGCAAGCAGAUAUAUCUAAAAAAACUACUGAGAAUGGACAAAGUCCACCAAUGGCUGUGAAUGCGGACACCGAGCUACCUGAGACUGUUGUGGAUAGCUCAGAUUCUGGUGUGAAUGAAGUUGGCUUCACUGGAUCUUGGAGACCAGUACCCUUUUUAAGUGAGUCAACUAAGGGCAACUCUUCACAGAAGUGCAAUACACCAGAGGUGCCUUUGGAAGUGAUCAAUGUAUCUGCAGAAAGAUCAGCGUCCUCAACAGUUGAGCCAAAGGAUUUAGAGUGUAGCGUCAACCUUGAAAAGGAAGAAGCUACCACAACUCCAACAAUAGACGCACAGACUUCAUUAGAGAGGUCUUCAAGGUCACCGUCCAAGUCUCCCAAUCCACAAAGAUCCUCAAGAUCCAAACGAGCUGCAAGAUCUAGAUCAAAGUCAUCCUCGAAAAGGAGGAAAUCCAGGUCGUCUUCACGGAAUAAGGACAAGAAGUCCAAAUCUAGAUCACCCUCACAAAGAAAAAGCACCAAGUCCAAAACGCAGAACAAAAGUUCUAAGUCAAAGUCGCCCAAAAGGAAAAGGUCAAGGUCUCGUUCACCAGGUAGAAGGAAAAGGUCUAAAACUCCAGACAGAAGCAAGCGAUCUAAAUCCAAAAAAAGGUCUCGCUCGCGUUCAAGGAGACGAUCUCGAUCAGGCUCGCGUUGGAAAAGAGGUUUUGGAAGUCGAACGCUAAAUCAACGGGACCGUUGGAAACGAGAACCCAGUCGUUCUCCGGUCCUCAUUCUUCGUAAGAAAAGGUCGACAUCCAAAACUCGGCGAAGCGCCAGCAAGACACCUCCACGUCUUACGGAGCUUGAUAAGGAACAAUUGCUGGAGAUAGCUAAAGCUAAUGCUGCAGCUAUGUGUGCCAAGGCAGGUGUGCCCAUUCCAGAGAGCCUCAGGCCUAAAACUAUUCUUCAACUACCCUUGCCAAAUGCAAAUGCUACUGCCUUGUCCUUACCAGUGAUGUCAAACAUAACCAUGAAUGCUGCUAUGGCUAGCAUGACUGCUGCUACAAUGACUGCUGCUUUGUCUAGUAUGGGUGCCUUGGCAUCAUUGCCGCAAUUCGCCCCAUUACCGACAAUUGUCAACAAGCCACCCCCUUCAAACACCUCUAAUCUAGCCAGUAUUGAGGAAGCCAAAAGGAAAGUAACCAAACAGGCUAACAGUUUCAGCAUUCAAGAGCUAACAGAGAGAUGCAAGAAGAUUGCUGAGAGCAAGGAAGAGAUGGCCAUCGCAAAACCACACAUGUCAGAUGAUGAAGACGAUGCGAAGCCAUUUGGGGGAUCUUCCCUUAAAGAGAACAAGGGCUUUGCCUUUAGUCUCAGUGGCACCUCAAUAAAGCCAACCGUCCGAACGGAAGCUGUCUUUGCUAAGGAGUUUCCAGUGUCCUCCGGCUCCCAGCACAGAAAGAAAGAGGCUGAUGGUGCAUACGGGGAAUGGGUGCCAGUCGAAAAGAAGACCGAAAAGCCAUCAGAAUCAGGUUCUGCCGGGACAGAAGAGGCCAGCAAGGACAAUGAUAGUGUCUUUCCUGAAGCGCCUUCUCAACCAGUGGACAUCACGUUGGCUGUCAGCGAGAGAGCAGUGGCCCAAAAGAGGCUGGCGGAAAAUCCUUUCGACAUAAAUGCCAUGUGUAUGCUCAAUCGGGCUCAGGAGCAAGUUGACGCCUGGGCCCAGUCCAAUACAAUUCCUGGACUCUUCACGGGUUCAACCGGUGCCCAAGUGCUCUCGUCAGAUGAGCUGUCUAACAGCGGCCCACAGGCUUGGAUUAAGAAGGGUCAGUCCUUGUAGCUGCCUUGUUGCCAUGGUCACAGUCAGGCCCCUUCUAUUCACGUCAGAUGCUCAGCCGCUGAUGAGGGCCUAGGUACGUACGUCAUCCAGCACCCUUCCUUCUAUUCAUGUGGAUUUGUGUGUGAACUGAUUCAUAUCUGCCAUGUCGUACUGUUUGAUUCAUCUGAACUGACUUGAACCCUGAGUUCUGUUCAGGGCGGUUUUGAUGCCUGGCCUGUUGAAGGCUUGCACUUUAAAAUACAGAUGUAUUAUCUAAACGUGUAGUCCUUUUAGAUUGCUUCAGGUGAAAAUGCAAAGAAAGGACUCUACAUUUAAACCAUUUCCAUGAUAUAACUAGGUCUGUCAAUCAAUUAAAAUGUUUCAUCAAAUUUAUAACAUGAUAUGCUGAUUAAUCACAUGCGUCAAAUGGACUUCAUUGGCCAUUGGAUUGUGACUUGCUGUUUUACAAUCUCAGCUUGUGUAAAUGUAUACAUUUAGCGUCUUUGGUCAUAAAUCCCACGUUAAGAUGCGCCAUCAAGUUUGAUAAACGUGUCCCAAGACCCUUUGCAUUCUGGUCCAUUAUAGAAUUUUUGAACGCAAGAAUGCGUCUUUGUGAACGAGCCCAUUCUCUGUAAGCUGGGGGAGCGCUGACCGCAAGACUUGUAAAAACAUGACAUUGGUACUUUAAGCUUGAAUUGCUCCAAAUGUGGGAGAAUAACUCAUUACGGAAUUCACAUACAGGUCAGAGGGCAUGACACAUUUUCUUUUAAAUAUAAUUAAUCAAACAAAAUGUAUGCGUUACAUUGACAGCCCUAGUUAUAACAUAUCAAACAGUAAAAAUUUAAGGUGACUAAGUUAAAAAAAUCUAGUAGAUGGAGAUAUGUUUUUAACUUAAAUACAGCUCUAUGCUCAGAUUAAAGUGACGUGACCUGGCUUCUUCUGAAGAUGUGGAAUGCAAUGACAAAUUAAUCAAUCACUAUCUCCCGUUUUUCUCCGUUUGCUUCUAUUCCCCUCUUCCUGUAUCUGUCCUGUUCCAUUUAGGAUCAGUUCCUGCGAGCUGCGCCAGUUUCGGGCGGAAUGGGCGAGUUGUUAAUGAGGAAAAUGGGAUGGCGUUCCGGGGAGGGUUUGGGGAAGCACAGGGAAGGCACAGUGGAGCCCAUCGUUAUCGAUUUUAAAACA